AUGAAGCACCUCACUGUUUCAAAAAGGAGUUUGGGAAAUAUGAACAUUUUAGGUUUCUGGAUUUUGUCUCUAUGUAUCCCAGUACUUGUGACUGAUUUAACUUCUUCAGAAAAUCCUCAACUGUGUGACGCUCAAGGACCCCCAGGACUUCCAGGGAUCCCAGGUCUACAAGGGCCACCCAGAAAAAAAGGACCCCAAAGUGUGCGAGGACCAAUGGGUUUCCCAGGGUUACCUGGACUAAUUAAGAUGUGCCCACCCCCACCACAAUCUACCUUUUGCGUAAAGUCUAGGGGGCCUUUCCCAGGGCCGUCCCAGCCAAUUGCUUUCCAGGAAGCUCUGUACAAUCAUCAGGGCCACUUUGACCUGGCUACUGGAGUGUUUACCUGCAGUGUGCCUGGUUUGUACCACUUUGGCUUUGACAUUGCACUGUUUCAGAAUGCUGUAAAGGUGGGGCUUGUGAGGAAUGGUAUCCAGAUCAGGAACAAACAAGGAAAGGCCAAUGACAGCCAUGAGCAAGUUUCAGGAAGUUCCAUCAUGCAGCUGGAGAAAGGGGACAGGGUCUGGCUGGAGUUCAAGUUGCACAAAGCAGAAUCUGAAAAAGGAACGACUCACAUUAUAUUCUAUGGGGUUUUGCUUGAUGGAAAUUAA